UGUGGAGCAGGAAGGAAGAUCUCUGUUUCUCUCUUCAGACAAACACACAAAGCUUCACUCUGGUAAAUCUUCAGACGGUCACAAUGCAGAUCUUUGCUGCUCUGGUUCUCCUGGGAACAGCCCUGCAUGGCGCUGCACCAAUGACUCACUCUGUGAUGACUUUCUUCACUGGAUCGUCUCAAGUCCCAAACUUCCCAGAGUUUGUGUCUGUUAGUUUGAUCGAUGAGAUUGUGGCAGUGCACUAUGAUAGUAACAGCAGGAAAUCAGAACUCAAACAGGAGUGGAUGAACAGAGUCUCAGAAGAUGAUCCUCAGUACUGGCAGAGGGACACUGAGGAUAGAUUUAAUACCCAGCAGGUCUUCAAAAACAACAUUGAAGUUGCAAAGCAGCGCUUCAACAACACUGGAGGUGUCCACAUACUCCAGGUGAUGUAUGGCUGUGAAUGGGAUGAUGAGACUGGUGAGGUCAAAGGUUAUAAUCAGCAUGCUUAUGAUGGAGAAGACUUCUUAUCAUUGGACCUGGAGACAGAGACAUGGGUCGCUCCACAACAACAGGCUGUCAUCACCAAACACAAGUGGGAUAAUAAUAAAGCGCUGAUGGAUCGGUACAAACACUACUUCACCCAGGAGUGUCCUGAGGAUCUGAAGAAGUUUGUGAACUUCGGGAGGAGCUCUCUGCUGAGAAAAGACCUUCCCUCAGUGUCUCUCCUCCAGAAGACUCCCUCCUCUCCAGUCAGCUGCCACGCUACAGGUUUCUACCCUGACGGAGCCAUGAUGUUCUGGAGGAAAGAUGGAGAGGAGCUUCAUGAGGACGUGGACCUCGGAGAGAUCCUCCCCAACCACGAUGGAUCCUUCCAGAUGAGUGUUGACCUGGACCUCUCAUCAGUCAAACCUGAAGACUGGACCAGGUACGACUGUGUGUUUCAGCUGGUUGGUGUGAAGGAGCACAUCUUCACCAGACUGGAAGAAGAAAAGAUCAGGACCAACAGAGAGAAACCCACUGACAAGAACGGCAUCAACAUUCCUGCAGUCGUUCUUCCUCUCGUCGUCGUCAUCGUCCUCCUCGCUGUGAUUGGAUUCUUAGUUUACAGAAGAAGAAUAAGAGGAAGAUGGUGUUAGAAGAUACUCUGGCAUUUGGCAGUUGUGACGACUAAAACCAUGUGUGUGCCGUUCAUAUUUGAUUUCAUACAGAUUUUCCAUAGCAAAGUUGAGAUAUUAAUAAAAGUGUGAAGAGAAAGGCACAGAUUCUUUCAGAAACUUUUACAUCGGCAGGUCAGAUAAAGUGUAAUAUUAAAAACUCAAAUAUGGACCUUAAGAAAAAUAGUGACACCAAAUACAGAAACAGUGUUGAAAAGGAUUAAAAAGAAAUAAUUUGUUUAAAAAGCAUAUUAGCUAAAUGCUUACAAAACGUUCACACUUAAGUUAAUGAAUCAUGGAUAUUUGAGGUCUAAAUGAAGCUGUAAAUAUGAGAUUUUGUGGAAUUUUACUCUCCAAACCUCUAUGGUAAAUAAAUCAGAUUUUUAUAUAUAUAUUUUCUAUUUCCUCUUUAGGUUUAUGGACACAUUUUGCAGUGUGUCUGUAGUGCACUAUGGGACAUUUAGCAGAUAUGGUUAAUAAAACAGUGGUCAUAAAUAUUAAUAAAAAUAUGCUGUGCAAAAAUCUUUGUAAUAUUAACAAAAGAUGGGUGGGGGUAAACACACUUCCAUUAUUUAAGUUAAGUUAUAUAAAUUAAGUUUAUGUGAAAUGUCUGAUUCCCUGAUGAGAUUUAUGAAACAUUUUUGAUUUGACCUCUGCAGAAUUUCUCACAUAUGAGAACCAUGGACGACUUUGUGUUUCAUUCUGAAGUGAACAAUCAUUUCAUUUGCUUUGAAUUCUCAGAAAUCCUUCUUUUGCAAUCGAAAAUAUAAUGCAAAGAAAAGGCCAAAUGUCCAAACUUUUCCAAACUCUGUCAUGUUGUGGAGAAGAUCUCUGAUCUGUUUCACAAGGUUUUAUGGAGAAGAAGCUCUUUUUCUUUAGUUUUAUUUGGUGAACUGGAUUCUGUUCUUCACUUAAAAAGUACACCAGUGUGUAAAUCAUCAUGUAGAGAUAUGGUGUGUAUAAUAUAUAAAGCUGUAAAAUAAAUGUUUCAUCUGGAUUUCUAGAAUAACUUUUCUACGUUCAUUGCUCUCAAAACUUCUUUUUAAAGCUCAUUUUUAAUUGUCAGCUUUUAUCAUGUGUCAAUAUAAUAUCAAGAUAAAAUUAAUUGUGCAAUGUUAAUUUGUAAACUUUAUUUCAAUUUCUUCCAGAUAACCUUUUUUCUUAAAUUUAGCUUGUGUUUCUCACACGUUUUUAUUAGUCAGUUUUUAUCACGUUAGUAAAAUAGAACACUGAAAGUUGUGAAACCUAAAGUGGGAAACUGUUUGUUUGAUUUUCUUUCAAAGCUUCUUUUUAUGACUCUUAUUUAUUUGUUUGAAUCCGGCUCAGAGUCUUUUCCUGCAAGUCUCCCCCUUUCACUCUGUAUCUCUCCCACUAUUAAAUAAAGCUGAAAAAUGGACAAAAAA